UAGUAGGACGCACAGUGAGUUGUCUCCCAUUGUCAACAGAAUUUUGUGUGCAGGAGUUUACUGAUUAAAAGAGCUUUUAAUCGUUCGUUGAACAACUAAACGAUCUGAUUAUUUGACCCAUUCUUACUGACAGUUGGAACAUAAAUACAACGACAAAAUGAACGUGACUCUGGCUGUCAAGCAGUACAUUUCCAAAAUGAUAGAGAGCAGCGGACCUGGGAUGAAGGUGCUGCUGAUGGACAAGGAGACGACCAGUAUUGUAAGUGUGGUCUACACACAGUCUGAGAUCCUGCAGAAAGAAGUCUACCUUUUUGAGCGUAUUGACUCACAAAACCGGGACAACAUGAAGCACCUUAAGGCAAUCUGCUUUCUCCGGCCUACAAAGGAGAAUGUAGAGCACCUGAUUCAAGAGCUUCGUCGGCCUAAAUAUAGCGUCUACUUCAUUUAUUUCAGUAAUGUGAUCAGUAAGAGUGAAAUAAAGGCUUUGGCUGAAGCAGAUGAACAGGAAGUAGUCGCAGAAGUGCAGGAGUUCUAUGGAGAUUUCAUUGCUGUAAACCCUCAUCUCUUCUCCCUCAACCUUCAAGGAGUAUCCAGGGGUCGCAGCUGGGAGCCCAGUGUACUGCCUCGUGUUACUCAGGGUUUGACAUCAGUGUUGCUGGCCCUGAAGAAAUGCCCCAUGAUCCGUUAUCAGCUCUCUUCUGACAUGUCCAAAAGGCUGGCAGAGAGUGUCAAACAAAUCAUUACUAAGGAGUAUGAACUGUUUGACUUCAGAAAAACAGAAGUAUCUCCUCUUCUCCUGAUUUUAGACAGAAGUGAUGAUGCCUUUACUCCCCUUCUCAAUCAGUGGACGUAUCAAGCCAUGGUUCAUGAGCUACUGGGCCUCAAUAACAACCGCAUAGACCUGUCGAGAGUGCCUGGAAUCAGUAAGGACCUACGGGAGGUGGUCUUGUCUGCAGAAAAUGAUGAGUUUUAUGCAAAUAACUUAUACCUGAAUUUUGGUGAGAUUGGAACAAAUAUCAAGAACCUGAUGGAGGAUUUCCAGAAGAAAAAGCCCAAGGACAAACAGAAAUUAGAGUCCAUAUCUGACAUGAAGGCAUUUGUGGAUAAUUACCCACAGUUUAAGAAAAUGUCAGGCACGGUCUCCAAACACGUAACCGUGGUUGGGGAGCUGUCUCGCCUGGUCAGUGAAAGACAGCUGAUGGAGGUGUCAGAGGUGGAGCAGGAGUUGGCCUGCCAGAAUGACCACUCCAGUGCACAACAGAAUGUGAGGAGACUAUUGCAGAACCCGCGGCUUUCUGAAAUUGACGCUGUGCGGCUGGUGAUGCUCUAUGCUCUUCGCUAUGAGAAACACAGCAGCAGCAUUCUGCCCAGCCUUAUGGAGGAGCUCAACCGAAAAGGGGUGUCAGAGAGACACCGCAAGAUGGUACAAGCUGUGGUAGAAUAUGGUGGCAAACGAGUCAGAGGAAGUGACCUCAUCACUCCUACAGAUGCUGUGUCCAUUACCAAACAGUUUUUCAAAGGACUUAAGGGAGUUGAGAAUGUGUACACACAGCAUCAGCCGCUACUACAUGACACGCUGGAUCAGCUGAUCAAGGGUCGUUUGAAGGACAGCCAGUUCCCCUAUCUCGGGCCAAGUUCUCUGAGAGACAGACCUCAAGACAUUAUUGUCUUCAUAAUUGGCGGGGCCACUUACGAGGAGGCAUUGACUGUUUAUAACCUGAACCGCACAAUGCCGGGGGUACGCAUCGUACUCGGGGGCACAGCCAUUCACAACACUAAGAGUUUCCUAGAGGAAGUGAUGCUUGCAGUAGGUUCAGGUGGUGACAGAACACAAGGCGGAGGCCGUCAGCUGAGCCGACGCUGAGCUGUUAUCAUCACUCACAUUAAUGUAUGCUCACACUCCCAGCGCUGUCUGUCCUCUGAACCCUGAGCACUUCUUUCUUCUUUUUCUCUCUCCUGACAUUCCUUUAAAACAUUUCUGAUAGUUUUAGGGAAGAAUAUGGUAACACUGCACAAUAAGGUUCAAUUUGUUAUCAUUAAUGAACAAUGAAUAACUGUUUGAACACCACCAUUUAUUAAUCUAGGUUAAUGUUAAUUAUAAAUAAUGUAAUAAGAAAUGCGUGUUUUUUUUUUUUGUUUGUUUGUUUUUUUUAAUUAUUAUUAUUUUUGGGUCCCAUUUUAUAUUAGGUGGCCUUAACUACUAUGUGCUUACAUCAAAACAUGUACUUACUGUGUUCAUAUUGUAUUGCUAAACACUUUUGCUGCUAUUGAAGUGGGAUACGGGUAACGUUAGGGACAGGUUUAGUGGUAUGGGUAAGUUUAAAGAUGGGUUAAGGUGUAAACGAUGGGUCAAGAGUUGAAUUAUAAACGCAAUUACAGAAAUUAGUUACAGUUGUAAUUACAUGCAGGUAUUUUUUUAAAAUGUAAGUACAAUGUAAAAUCAUGUACGUACACAAUAAGUGCAUUGUAUCUAAUGAUUUAUUUAAACAUAAGUGCUUAGUAGUUAAAGACACCUAAUAUAAAUCAGGUGUUAAUUUAUAUAACUUGAAUUAUGAAAAUAUAUCAAAUAAUUUGUUUAGAAAACUUUAACCUAGGUUAAUAAAUACUGUAAUAUUAUUGUUCAUUGUUAGUUCACAAUACCUAACGCGUUAGAUAAUACAAA